AUGGCGAAAGAAGAUGUACUGCUUGGUGUCGAAAUGGGAAAAUUAGAGAUAGAACCUAUCAGAGGACCUAUAAUUGUCAAAGACGAAAAUCCAUUUAUUAAUUUAUCAAAUAAGUCUUUACUUUCAAGAAACAGUUCUUCACAAUACCAUAAAUGCCUAUGUAACUCACAUAAAUUUAGUACUUAUGGAAUUUAUAAGAAAAAGCCAAAAAAGCUAAUCAAAGACCCAGUAUUAAAGAUGCUGCAAAAAUGUAAAAAUAACGAUGACAUCAAAAGAGAAACUAACCCCUCAAAAGUUAAUGAUUCAGAUUUGAAUAUGCAUUCAGAUUUAUUGAAUUUAUGUGCCCUUGUAGAUAACUGUAAUCAGUUAAGAAUAUCUUCAGGUACCAAGCAAAAAAACAUAGUAGAUAAAAAUACUAUUAGUCAGAAGAUGUGGUGGAAGAAUGAUUCAUCACAAAUAAAACAAGUUAGGAAAGUAGCAGUAGAAACAAACACAUCUGGUUCUUGUUCACAACAAGCUUUGAAUCCUCCUUGCGAUGUCACUAUUGAUGAACUAGCUAGUUAUUUUGAAACAUUAGUUCACAUACCUAAAAAGAUGUCUUCAAUGGCAGAAAUGAUGUACAUUUAG